GAAGUUCAACCACCACAGGAAGAAAUGACGCUGAGCUUUGGCCUGUCGUUCCUUCUUCAAAAGCUGUAUUCCAUCUCGGAUCCCAGAACGAGGGAUUAUCCCGUCGUGCUCAAUCCUUUCUUCGUGUUCCCCAUGGUGGCGGCUUAUCUCUACUUCGUCAAGGUUUCCGGACCGCGUUGGAUGCAGAAGAGGGAACCGUUUCGCAUCAUAAACGUAAUACGUGUUUACAACGUCGCCAUGAUAGCCGUGAACAGCGUCUCCCUCGUCAUGCUCCUCAUCCCGACGUACCUGCCGGGUGGGUCGUACAACCUGUGGUGCCAGGGAAUCACGGGAAGCUUCCCGGAAGAGCACCUCAAGUACUACAAGUACGCCUGGAUAUUCAUCGCGUGGCGCUACGCGGACCUCCUCGACACCGUGUUCUUUGUUCUGCGCAAGAAGUUCAACCAAGUGACCCACCUGCACGUUAUCCACCACACUAUCGUCGUGGUCAACAUCUGGUUCUACGGUCGCUUCGCGCCCGCAGGUCAGCCGGCACUCGGCAUAGCGCUUAACACCUUCGUGCACAUAGUGAUGUACACGUACUACUUCCUGGCCAGCUUCGGCCCGCGCAUGCGCAGGUAUCUGUGGUGGAAGCGGUACCUCACGACACUUCAGAUAGUCCAGUUCAUCGUCAUCAUCGCGCACAUGUCCGUGCCCCUGUUCGUCGAGUGCGGAUUUCCGAGACCAGCUGUGUACGUCGCCAACACCCAGACAUUCCUCAUACUGUGUCUGUUUGUGAACUUUUACUUACGCUCGUACACGGGCUACAAUAAGCCGCUAACGCAAGGUGCAAAGCAAGUUAGCGAGGAAAACGCAAAAGCGUCGGCAGAGAACGCGAAGAAACGGUAGAGAAUAGAGAGUGUGGAGUGUCAGAGCGAAUUCUUUUUGGAAAACCAGACGUCUUGU